UUAAUUUAUUUUGAAAUGUCACACGCAAAAUUACAAAGGUCGACAGUUGAAUGUCCCCGUGAAUGUACUGAGGUAUUUGAGACCAAACUCGGGGGAACUUGCAAGCUUUUCUGUACUCACCAUGCAUACUGCCUUAGUUUUUGGAAUGAUGCUAUGUGUUCUUUCCGAAGGAAACGUCAUCGAUCAGACACCAGUAAGCCAUCUUGCUGUGACUCGGAGGUUCAUCACUGUCAACGCUGGAGACAACACUUACUAUGGGGACAUGUCGCUUAAUUCGGGAGGAAUCAGACCUAUAUUACAAAGAUUAGAGAGUGAUCUCCUGUUUGACAUUUCCCUGUACGACCGAAUAACAAUCGAGGAGAAUGGAGAAUUUGAGGUUAACGACGAAGGAGCAUACAGUGCUGUGUCAGGUGACAAGGUGAUGCUGUGGGUAUUGGAUCGGUCAACUGCCCGGUUCCAUAACGCAUUGACCCUUAUGUUUGGUAAUGGCCAGGAGUUUUCACGAUUCAUGCGAGUGCUGCACCAGUACACCGACACGUAAACAACCACAUAUCCAAUCAAGUUUGCGCUGUUCUGCGUCACAUCUUUUGUCUCCUUCAUGUAUUUCUGUAUUUGUUGACACAUUUAAAUUGUUCCACAAACUGACGGAAUUUGUCGUUGAUACUGAAAUACCAAAAAAGAUGAGCCAGAUACAAACAAACAUGAUGUGAAUAAUAUUAUGCUGGAAUGUCACGAGAUUUUACAUUGUACGGCCAGUUUCAGCUGGCAAUUGGUGACAUUUAGAUUUAACAGGCCGUUUGAUGUUGUGGAUAUGAAGCAAAAUGCUAACACGAAUAUUUAUAAAUGUCAGAGGUUAUUUUAAGGAAUGAUUAUAUAUAUUCCGUUCUGCACGUCCAUGCCUGAAUGUCACUAAGGUAGUUUUAUCAAUGGUAUCUAACUGCAGCUUUGGACCUAUUUAAGUCAUGAAAGAACGUGGAACGAAUAAGUUCAGCAUUGUUCUGCUUUGUAAAUAAUUAUUACAUAGACACUAUAACGCUAUUAGAAGUGGAGUACGGGAUUUGGGGAUCAGUGCAUCCUUCGUCAGGAACACACGUUCGAUAGUACAAGGGUUUAUCGUUUAAACGUUCGUACAAUCCGACGUGGCUUUUCGACGAUGCAGUGCAUCAUUUCGACAGUAUUCAAUUACUUUAGAUCUAAUGAGUAAAAAUAAAGGCAACAUUUACAUGUAGGUAAAGGUCCAAAUAUCUAAAUGUAAGCUAUUUGAUAUUAUAUAACUUUCCCCUUUCCCUAUCUAUAAACUUUUCCUGAGACAUGCUAUAUAAAAACGCUUAUUAAUAUCCCCAUCCUUCUUUCUCCUUUGUGUACAAAGUUACUCCAUGCUUCAAGUGAGAGCUAUUGAUAAAAUUUAUAUUCAAACUGAAAACGAAAAUGUAUUCCAUGUACUCAUCAUGAUGUUUAAUAUGACACUCCAAACCUAUAUCUACAAUGUACCCGGUAAGCCUAGGCAUGUCAAACAAAAACAGGACUGAGCAAAUAAAAGCUUAGUUGUAUUGUAAAUGUGGAAAUAUUGUCGAUUUCGAGUAUUAUGAACACUAUAAAGCAUUUAUCUGCAUUACUUCGCCUGCAAAUGCCAUAUUAUAUAUAAGAUGUACUGUAACAAAGAUACAUGAAAAAAUAUUUCCUCAACGGACGAAAAAUAUAUAUAACAAUGUUAAAAAUAAAUAAAGGCCUAGGUUGGUUAAUGUACCUCAAAAAUGAGUAGUUAUGAUUAAGCGAACCACUAUUAAAGAAUUCCGUUUUAAAAUGAAAUAUGAUUUUUUUUUUUAAAGUUUGCCACAGUGUCAACAACAAGUCGGAACUUGAUAUCGACAGAAAAAGA